CCCACCCUUAGUCCCAGUGAGGAGCCGGGACUGGGACAGAGACACAGCGUCAGCUUCGCCCCCACCUCUCCGGGACGCUUAUCGAGUGACCGUGUGUCUGACAGACAGACCGAAGGAGGCGAUGGUUUGACGGCGGAUGUUUGCAUCCCGCCCCCCUCUCCCCACCAGCCGGGCUGAGGGGGACCGGGCCCGGGAUUACAGGCCUCGCGAAUAGGCCUCUUGCCCCACACCGCCAGGAAAGAGGAGGAGGGAGGAGGAGAGAGAGAGAGGGGAAGCUUCAGCUACCCCCACCAUCUCAAGAGACAGGCGGAGGGGGACAGGGAGAGGAGCCGCCCGUCUCGAUCAGCAGCCAGGGCCCGGGUCAGGCAGGGCCUGCAGCAAGGUGUUUUCCUUAUAUUGGUUUGACUCUAGAAGAUGUCAAGUGGCCUGCAGGAUGCAGCCAUCACCAGCUUCCUCCAGUUCAUUGAAGACAAGGGGUUCAAAGUAUAUACAUCACUGACGAAGCAAAGCUGUGACACAGGCAGGGUGCCAAGGUGUCUCCGAGACGAGAUGAAUCUUCUAUACCGGAAAACCAAGAUGGAAUGGAAACACCGCGAAGAUGAAUCAAAGAAAAAUGUCUGCAAGGAUGGGGGACUGGGAAGGGUGCGGGAUCUCGCUUCCUUCCGCAAGCACUUCCGAAUGGGUUUCAUGACCAUGCCAGCCUCCCAGGAGCAUGGGCCACACCCAUGUGCCAGCGGAAUGACCACCCGCUCGCUGUCACUUCACUCAGUGGGUAGUGUGGAGAACGGCGAACACUCCUGCUCCAGGAGACCUCCAAGCAAGCCCAGGCGUCAUCCCACCACCAAACUCAGCCUGUGCCCUGAGGGCAGGAGCAGCAGUGGAGAAGAAGGAUUUGGAUCAAAGGGCGAGAAAGUGAUACAGAGACCAAGCCUCGAGACAGUGGACAGCGGGCGGAGGAUGCCACCGUUAAAGCCGAAGCGUAGCCCCAACACCCAGCUCUCCGUGUCCUUCGAUGAACCCUCUGUUGGCAGGGCAGUCUCUCACCCUGUGACAUCUGCGCCCAGGCACAGUACACCUGCUGAGCCUUCCCGCGGCUCAGAGGAAGAGGUGGAAGAUGAGGAGGGAGAGGAGGAGCCAGUCUACAUUGAAAUGGUCGGAGAUGUCUUCAAAGAGCAGAGUGCAGUUGAUGAAGAUUCAGACCACGGUGAGGCCAUCUACGAGGAAAUGAAGUAUCCACUACCUGAGGAAGCCACACGGGAAGCGAAGUGGAGCAAGUUUGUCCUCCCAAAACCCAAUACAACCAGGGUUUUGAGCCAAGGGGGCCCCAAGGACCCUUACCAGGCUGACUCCAGAGGCUCACCCCACGACAUUCCUCCCCCUUUUCCAAACCUUCUCCUGCACCGUCCACCUCUCUUGGCCUUCCCUCAGUCCGCCUCCCAGAAGGCCUGCAAGGCUCUCCUUCCCCUUGCUGUCGCCAGCCAGCCUUGCUCCAAACUCCCUGUCCUGCAACAUGGUGACUCGGGCACCACCCCAGGAGGUGCCCAAUCUGCUGGGCAGCCGACUUCCAGAGUGCAGGAGGAUGGGCCACAUCAGGGUGCCAUGGUGCCUUCAGGGAGGGCGAGAAGCCACUCAACACCCCUUCCCCCACAAGCAUCUGGUCAGCACAGGCCAGAUAAGGAGCUGCCCACCUCCCACACUAUGAAGGCUUUGGCCCAGUCAGCAUCAGCAGGCCCUCAGGCCCAUGUUUAUCAGAAGGCUGAGAGGGACAAGCCCCCCUCACUCAAUGUCAUGUGCUCCUCUGUGAAAGUUACAACCCACUCACUGCUCACCCAGCCCUCUGGUGACCAGAAGAUGGACAAGGAACUCUCAAGUCUACAAAAUGUAUUCUGCUCCAUCAGUAAAGCCAGCACCCCCUCCCGGCCUCUGUCCAGCCUCUAUAAGAUGCCUGUGGCACAUGGGUUACUGGAGCAUCCUAGCCUGCCUGGCCCAGGCUCCCUGGUGUGGCCUUACCUCCCGCUGGCUUGCAAACGCCCUCCGGCCUAUGACAGUCUCAAGCCUAGCUCAGCCCAGAAGGUCUGCCCCGCUGUCUACCAUGCAACGGUGAAGACCCAAGGACAGGACAGAGCUCCCGCCUUCACCAGCGUCUGCUGUCCCCGUUCAGUCACCAACUCAGAGGCACGGAGCCCCCCUGGGGAGGCUAGCUCUGGGCACGGUUGGCAACGAAAUCUGCCUUGCAGCAGGAAGGCACAGGACCCAGAAGGAGGUGCACCUGGCUGGAGUGGAGCCAACGAAUCCAUUGACAAGGAGGAGAAUGCUUCGGGGAUACCACUGAAAACUCAGGGAGCAGAGGGCUGUACAGUCAAGGGACCCUCGCGAUCGGGGCUGCCCCAACCCUGUCCAAUGACUUGCCAACGAAGUGUAGACUCUGCACUCAGCCAUCGCCUCGGUCGUUCAGCCUCCACCUCAGGUGCGCGUCACCCUCUUGCUCAUCUGCAGCGACAGUGCAGCCAAUCCCGAGACUCUCCGAGCCAGGGUCUUCAGCAACAAGCAUUGCGAGAGAAGGAUGGGAAGCUCCUGGAGGUUAUUGAGCAUAAACGGUGCCUGUGCAAGGAGAUCAAAGCGCGACGAAGGCCAGAAAGGAGCCUAUGCAAACAGGACAGUAUGCCUAUCCUCCCGAGUUGGAAGAAAGGCUCGGAUUCUCGGAAAACCGGGACACCUCCAUGCCAACGGCAACACACUGUCCUCUGGGACACAGCAAUUUGACAGUGUCGGUUUCUUCCUUCUACCCUUACCCCCAUCCCAAACCUAAGAGCAAAGGGCAAGCCUGCAACCUUGGAACUCCACAGACUCGAUCAUUGGGCAUGUAGGCCAUCAGGUUUCGUCAUGGGGCCUAAAGUAGCCCUGAUUGUAAAUCAUUUGGGAGACUCCCUGAUAACAAACCAACACCCAAAAUUCAAUCUUUGCUUCACCAAUUCUCAGCCGCUUGCCCUGCUCCCUCCCUUGAACCCUUCGUUAUUUCUUCUACUCUGAAACAGAAUGAGCCUUCAGAAAACAUGCAUAUAUCAGCAAAAAUAAAACCCAGGCUAACAGGCCCAACAAGUGAUCUCUGCAUCAUGUCACACUGAACUAACCAAUCAAUAAUAGAGAAAACAGUGCAAGCAAGUGGUGGAAAGCAUGUCUAUUGAACAGACAGCUUGUUGCCGCCCACAGAGGACAUAGAUCAGCCUUCACUGGUGCUUGAUAUUUGACACAUUGAUUUGCUAAUGAGUCAGAAAAUGAGGGCAAGAACCUUGAAUGUUUAUUGAUGUCUGAAGAACUGAAGAGACAUAGAAGAUAGCUAGGCCAGUCCCUCUGUCAGGAACAACACGUCGCUGACUCUGGCCUGCCUCAUACAGGGGGAAAAAUAUGCUCCAAUGAUCUCGCCAACCCUAUCCCCCACCCCAGCUGCCACCCCUAUGCCAAUUAAAAAUCCAGAAUGGCCCAAAUCCUUAGCCCUGCAUCCCACAUUACCCCAGUAUCUAUUGUGACUCGGCCAGUUACUUAUUGAUCAAGUCUACUUUGAAAUGGGAGUCUGGCAACUGAAGUGAUAUCAGAUUUGAGGCCUGCAUGAGAACUGAGCAUCACGUAAUAUAGUAAGAGCAGUGAGUACAAGGGGAUAAAAUCAGAUGUGAUGCCAAUGGAGAGAGGGCUGGACAAGGGGUGCCAUGAGAGAGAAAGAGAGAGAAAAAGAAAGAAGCGAGACUCCCUGCAAUCAAUAACAGCCUCAGCAAAUGUUGUUCAGCACGGUGAUGUGCAUUUUUGAACAUAAUGGAUGUCAUGGGAAACACUGAAGAAUUAACAGCCACAGUGAUAGAGAAUGUUCAGUCCUAAAUUCACCUCCCUCAGAACAAAAAGAUUUUGGAAGAUGGUGAAAUGGAGAAAGCAUUACCUGCCCUCGGUGUGUUUGGGAACAGUGUAGAGAUGGCUUUAUUUAAAGUUUAAAAGUGUAUAGGAAACUUUAAUCUAUUUAACCCCAUGCUGUAACUUGUCCUGGGGGUGUUUGUUGAGGAUAGUAUCAAAGAAGUUUUACUUGCUGUUUAAAAAAGUAGAGAAAGCUUUACUUUCAUCUAACUAGUCUCAUCCUACACCUGUCUUGGGAGUGUUUGCUGGGAGUAUUUACAAAUUCUAUGUGGAGGAAUGUAUUCUAGUCCUCAGCCAGCAAGACAGCUUUUGUUGUGAUGGGGACAGUGAGUUGUGAUAUAGUUGGCCUAGGUAAUCAAGGCAAUAAUGAAUAAAAUCAACCUGGGUAUCAUGCUUGUUAUACUAUCCUGUGAACCCUGUCCUCUCGCUCCACUGUUGUGGUCGUGAGCUGCUUUGGUGCAGGAUUGGCACUGAUCCAGACCUGUUCAUUCCUGAUCCACUGUUGCCAAGACAUUGGAAAUCUACCACAUCUUGGGGCCCAAUCUAUAGGGAUUGGUCAAAACUUUCUCUGUAUGAAUGUCAUGUUAAACCACUUUUUGUUUCUCACUCUAGGCCUUUCAUGAGACUAUAUCUAACUGAAUCUGCCAUGUGUCUUUUACCAGUAGUAUCUGACUUUUAUUUUCCAUCUGUGUAUGCGUUGAUCAAUGUCUGUCCAUCUGUCUUCCUGUGAGUCAAUGUCUGACUGUAUCAGUGUCCAUCUGUAUGAUUGACUGUCUAUUUAUGUGCACCUGUGUCUAUCUUAGCCCAUCUCUCUUUGUAUGUGUGUCUUUUCAGUAUGUCCAAUUAUGUAUCUUUGUACACAUAUGCUUGUCUCCAUUUAAUUGGCAACCAUGUCAGCUCUCGUCAACUGUUCUUAAAAGCCCAUCUGGUUCACUAAAUGCCUUUAGAGACAGAAAUAUAGUGUCCUUACCUGGUCUGACCUACAUGAAACUCCACAGCAUUGAGGUUGACUCUUAAUGCUGUCUGAAAUGACUGAGCAAGCCACAAAGUUUAAGAGGCAGUUAGGGAAGGGCAGUAAAUGUUGGCAGUGCCCAGCAACACCCACAUCCCAUGAAGAAAUAAACACAAAUGUAACUGAUGUGUACAUUAUCUGAUGGGACAGGUGCAUCAAGGUGCUAGGGAAGCGUAACCCCAAAAAAACUCAACUAUGCUGGGAGUCUUCCACAAUAUGAGACAUGAUCCAGGCUGGUCCCAGGCUGUGUGAACCUGGCCCCCCUUUCAAUCGCAUCUUCAGUAUACUGAAGCCUCACUGUGCCACUGAUCUGUGACUUUUCAAAUGAAACAAUCACCCUAUUCAUUGCCCAGUACUUACUCAUUUGUUUACCCCAUGGUUGAUGAAUUCCAUCAGACGUAUUUGACUGGACACUUACUAAGUUGUGGUGAAUUUUCUAGCUCCCCACUUCUGCAGGUCCUACCUCAGCUGGCUGGGUGGUUCCCAUCAUUAGCUGCUAUCCUGAACUGGUGCAUUUGAGUAACCUGCCUCUAACCUGCACCUGUGCCAGCUGUUCUACAACAUGAGAUGGCACUUCCUGUCCCACCUGGUCAUUGAUGCUUUACUUUCAAUAACUAUAGAGUUUAUUCUGCUACAUUCCUAAUUCUAAAUGAUACACACAUUUGCUGGUGCUAGUCUUGCUCAUCUCAGAAUGGAGAUCCAGCAUGACCAGUGCAUUCAUUUCCAAUGGUUCUUUUUAAACUGGUUAUCUCCUCUGACAAGCCACUGUCAUCCCACAGAUUAAUUCCUGGUGGGGACAGUGCGAAUUUGCAGAGCAAUUAUAGUAAUUGAUAGCAGGUACAAACGUGUGGCAGGCGGAUGUUCUAAUCCUGACAUGGCAACUAGAUGUGUAAUUUAAAUUUGAUUAAUUAAGUAGACCUCUAGCAUAAAUAGCUAAGUUUCACUGCCCAUGAAACUACCAGAUUGUCCAAAAAAUCUGAAUGGCCACUAAUCUCCUUCACCUGUAGGGACAUCUGCUGUCUUUACCCAGUCUGGCCAACAUGUUAUUCCAGACCCACAGCAAUUUGGCUGACUCUUGACAUCGAAAGUACCAUUCAAUCAAGGAGGUUUUUUAGUAGUGUAUAGAAUGCAGAGCAUGAAGCACUGGCCCUUGCCCGUGAUGCUUUAUUCUGCAGCAUUGAAGGUAUUGGCUAACUAUAUUGUUGUCAAGCCUGAAGUGUUUCAAAAACAAGCUCGACUAAGGCCUUGUCAGGGUUAAGCCUGACUGAGACCGCAGUCAGGCUGGUUCCAUGAAAAGCCUAAAUUGAAUUUGAUGCUGACUGCGGCCUUUCAGGGUUCAAAUCUGAAGCUUCACAGCUACAGUGACCCCCCAUGAUUCUUAUGAGACUCUCAAGUGUCCCCACUCCCUCACUUGUGCUCUGUCUCUGUCUCUCUAUCUCUCCACCCCAGCUCUCUCCAAGGACAAGAAGGCACAAUCUUCAGGCCUAGUUAUGAAGGUUAAUUAUUGCUGUUUGAAAUCUCAAUUAGAACCCUGGGCUGGGUGCCUUGUAGUUGUUAGGUGGACUGGGGGAGACUAAACACUGAGCUAUGUCAACAAAAUGAGGAUGGGUACCUCACUAGUAUUGGGUAGUACAGGGAGGUUGUGAUCUUUUAUAACAGGUUCCAAUUUUCCAAUCUCACCUGCACCAACCAAAGAUGUCUGCAUUAUUUAAAUAUAUAUAUCUGUAUAUACCAAGUGUAUUUACAUGUGAAUACGUAUGAGAGCCAGAGUCUGCCUGGCAACAAACAGAACAUUCUUCUGCUCGCUUUAUCACCACAUCAACUCUUUCCUUAUUAAGGGUCAGAGUUCUCCUCCCAACCUGUUUCUCCCUUCAUAACACUCCCAGCAUUAACUUAGUGAUUCUUGAUGACUUCCAAACACUAAUUGUGUUCCUCAUUGGCUCUAUUUGUCAAAUCUAUGGUUCAUGAACUCUGGUGCUUACCAACUCCAUUUUAAGCAGCUGUUGGUACUUCCCUGUCACACAACGAUGGCUAAUACUUGGAAUUCAUGGGAAACUGCUUGGUGGGGAGGGAGUGGUUGGGAUUGAGAGUGUGGGAGAGGGGAUUGAGAAAACCCAGUGGGGGUGGUAAAUGCAGUGAUGAUCAUCUAUGCGACCCACUAAGUAAUGGCCGAUGAAUAAAUGUGACUGGGAAUGGUUGCAUCUUAUCUGAAGUGGAUCAGUACCUUCCAUCUCCAUGUGGUGGAUGGAGGGGGGUGGGGUCAAACCUGGAGUCAAAUGGGAGAAGGUAAGACGCCUGUACCUGCAGCACUUCUCACCCUGGCCUUCUCCAGCCUAUCAAUCAAUCUUUUACAGUGUUCUGCCAGAGAAAAAUACUUGUUGGCCAACAGGUUUGGCCUUGGUUCUGUUGCUAAGCAACCGUAUCUGAACUAAAUAACAAUAAUUACAAGAAUUUUUUUAAAUCUGCCAAACUGUAUCACAGAACAACUACAAAAAUGCAUCUUAUGUACCCUAUGAUGAAAUAAUUUUUAGUUUUAAUGAUUGUGGUUGCAAAAAGAAAAUUGUAUGUGACAAGCUUAUACAGUCAUUCCAAUUAUUUAUUUUUUAAUUUAUUUCUUCUCAUAUAAAUGGAACAAGGUUCAUUGA